GACUGCGGCCCCGGGACGGCAGAGUCACCCAGUCUCUUGCGGUGGACCUUGAGGAGUCGCAUCCCCAACCCCCAGCACGGGCAUUAAGGCGCAGGCGCGCCUUGCCUCUGUCCUUCUGGGAUGGACGAGUGGUGCCAGCUCUGGGCGGGGCUCUGCAGUUGUGACAGGCUCCUCCUCCCCAGAUCGUUGCCCUCCCCACACCCGCCCCCGCCCUCCUGCACUAACCGUGCUCCUCCGGGCCCCUGAGCCUGCUCCUAGCCAUGGUGGCCUGGCGCACCACUUUCCUCGUUUGCCUCGUUUUCUCCUUGGCCACCCUGGUCCAGAGAGGAAGUAAUUUUGACUUGAUUUAUGCAUUAAGUGAUGGAAAUGAUGGGCACCAGAAACCAAGUACAGGAGCAAGAGGGAGAUGGGACCAUGUCACCACUACCACAACUAGAAGGCCAGGAACAACUAGAGCACCAUCAAAUCCUGUGGAACCAGAUGGUUUAAACUUGGCUGAUGCCUUGGAUGAUCAAAAUGAUAUAGAUGGCCACAAAAAACCAAAUGUAGGAGAAGGAGGAGGUUUGUCAGACAAGGAUCUUGAGGACAUACUGGGAGGUGGGGGAUACAAACCUGAUAAAAAUAAAGGUGGUGGCGAUUAUGGCAGCAAUGAUGACUCUGGAUCUGGCAUGUCGACAGAAACUGGCACCAUUGCAGGUGUUGCCAGUGCCCUGGCCAUGGCCCUGAUUGGAGCUGUAUCCAGCUACAUCUCCUACCAGCAGAAGAAGUUUUGCUUCAGCAUUCAGCAUGCAGCAGAAGGGCAAGAGGGCCUCAAUGCAGACUACGUGAAGGGGGAGAACCUGGAAGCCGUUGUGUGUGAAGAACCUCAAGUGACAUACUCAAAACAAGAAAUGCAGUCUGCAGAGCCUCCACCACCUGAGCCACCCCGGAUCUGAGGCCCUGUUCAGUGGCAGGUGCACAGGAAGGGUGCCACUGCUUGUGACCCAGCCCCAGAUUUCAUUUGCUGACCCUUCCCUCAAGUUUCUUCCCAUGCUGCUGGCUUCUUAUUCUGCUGAGUUUUCUGGACAAGCCUUAGGUGUUCGUGAGUGUAGUUUCUGUGCCCUGUCCUGCAGAAUACAGUGACUGCUCUGCCACUGGUCCUCUGAAGAGACUUGGUGCUGAGACUUGAGCGGAUUACCAGCAUUGGAAGUUGCUGGACCAUAGAGACAGCCUGCUCCAGCCUUAGCAUGGGGAAAAAGGAGGUAGAACCAAGGUGAGGGUAAACAAGAGGAUGGUGGAGACGGUGCUGAAGGAAAACAUUUCUGCUUAAGCAAUCCCUAGGUACUAUGAGACUCUUUACCUAUAUGCUGGAGGGGUUGCUGUGGCACUGACCACUAAGAGCUGUGAGUAGGAUGCUCAGCUAGGAUCUGGCAAAUAUGGAGCCCCUGCAAGAAGCAAAUUGGUUAGCAUCAAGCUUCAACACACACACACACACACACACACACACACACACACACACACACACA